CUCCCCUCCUCCUUUUCACGUUUCGUCCAAUGAGCAGUGAUGUUCUCCUUUGUUGUCAAACGUGCGCUGACCGCGGAACUGAGCGAUUCGGGGGACAGGCUAUCAACUUGAGUUUGCUUACCAAUAAGAUGGAGGUAGAGCAGCUCCCCUCUCUCUCCGGCCUGGCGUUGGCCCAGGCCAUAAGUUCUCUGCUGGAGACACCAGGCCUCUACGUGUUCUCAGACAUCCUUGAGUUGCCCAACGUCAGAGAGCUGGAGACAGGCCCGCACGCACCAGUGUUUCAGCUACUCAACCUCUUCGCCUAUGGAACCUACUGUGACUAUAAAGAGAGGGCAGCCUCUCUCCCAGAGUUGACCCCAGCCCAGAGGAACAAACUCCGUCACCUCUCCAUCAUCAGUCUGGCAUCCAAUCUCAAGGUAGAGUACCACCCAUUCAUCUGGACUGCUGAGUUUGGAGGCGCGUCUACGACAUCAUCAGGGCAAGCUGGACCAGAGGAACCAGCAUGUGGAGGCUGCGGAAACGUGCAGCGUGGCCGAGACUGGGGCUCCAACGAGCUGCCCAACAUAGCAACAAACAUGCAGGAGUGGUGUUCAGGAUGUGAGGCGGUCCUGUGUGGGAUCGAGGAGCAGGUAACCAGAGCCAACCAAUACAGAGAGAGCCAGCUGAAGGUCAAAGUUCAGGUGGAGACAGAGGUGUCAAACCUCCAGAAAACGCUAAAGGCCAGCUCCGCCUCCCCGUCGUCCGGCCCCGCCGCCGCUGGAGCUGCAUCCAAUCAGGAUGCAGACCAGCCGGCCGAGCCACGAGACCCCGCCUCCUCUCAGGAACCACGGCAACCRGGCAAGAAGAGUUCAAAGGUCAAAGGGCUCCGUGGAAGUGGGAAGAUCUGGUCCAAGUCCAACUGAAGGCAGAGAUGCAGAGAGACCCGGAACACCCCCACUGAUCCACUGUCAGAUGGAUGGACUGACACACAGGUUGACAGACACAUAGACCCACACAGACUCAUAGACCGAUAAUGUGACCAAUGCACAGACAACACACUAAGAUUUACACACACUGUAUAUAUAUAUGUAUAUACAGACACUGAGUGAGACAGACACACUUGCAGUGACUGACACCCAUUCUGAUAGGUGUGUACACACAACCAGACAGACGGACUAUCUGCACUGUGUAUAUACACAGACCCAAACCCAUUCUAACAUGUACACAGAGACGGACAGAGAGAGUAUAAUCUUCUCUGGGCAGAGCUUCGCUGCUGUCUGUUUUAUCAGGAGAAGCAGAGCCACAAGCAGUGAAACUGAAUGUGUGUAUUUGAUGUGUGUACUCUGUGUUACACUUUUUGUUUGUAUUUUUUCUGCUGAGGAUUGAGUUGAGACAUGUAUAAAAUCAGGAUAUUAAUUGUUGGUAAUAAAUUGAACCCCCUCUAUUCA